AUGCAACUAUGUGAAAAGAGUGACAUGCUAUUAGAUAUUAGUGCUACAUGUAAAGUGACUAAUUGUUUUGCCAAAUUCUUUGGUGUCCCUGACUUGACUUUAUAUUUAUUCAAUGUCAUCUUCAAAUUUAACAGUUGGACAGAGUGCAUCUACAAGCUGAGUGGCUUCCUUAGUAGCUUAUCAGCUUUCGUGUUGGAAAUACUCAUUGCAAGCAGCUUAUGCUGGCACCUGUGGGAAUUUGAAAACAAUGUUGUGCAGUAUAUGUCCUUUGGACUGUGGGAAGUAUAUUUUCCUCAACAACUUAAUGUCUCUGGAACACUAACAAAGAUGCUGGUGUACACCCCAAUUGACACAACAUGGAAAAUUUCAACUGAAAUUUUGUAUGCACAGAAUCUGAUAGUAUGGGCCAUUUUGAUGAAGCCUGUAGUUCUGGUUUUCAGUGCAAUGGGCACUAAAAUCAGCUGCAUGAAAGACACACUGGACAUGCAGAUAUAUUGCUACAAGAUUUCUGCCAUAAUUUUGUGUGUCAGCAAAAUGUUCACAUUUGUUUCUGUGACCUGGGACCACAUGGUAGACUUUUAUGCCCAAAUCACUCUUGAAUUUCCACCUGAUUUUCGUGUUAAGAAAGAAACCUUAAGAAGAAAAUAUUUAACUGCAGUGUUACCAGUAGGCCUCCUAAUAGACACCAUGUCAUCCUUUGGUGUGUUCAUGUUUGUCUCUGAGAUAAAGCAUUUGAAACUACAGAGUCCUCUGAAAGACAAGUGUGGUUCUAAAACAAAUCCAAUCGAGGCCUGA